AUGCAAGGCAAGCCUGGUGGCCCCCGUCGAUUUGGCGCUGCUAAGCAGGUGCCUAAAAAGCUAUCAGCAUUGGAUGAAUUAGAGUUUGAUGGGUUUGAUAUAUCGCCUCUUCGACCAUUCGUUGAUUCGGAGAGAAAUGCUUAUAAGGUAUUUCCAGAUCAAUUCCCUCCAAGGAAAGACAUUCUGAACUACGACUCUGAACAUGUUUACUUGUAUGAUACUAGGAGGAUCGGUGGCAGAGAACCUGGUAUUUGGAUGCUCGUAAUUCUGAUGUUGAGAAGGUUAGGUUGGAAUGUUGGAUUCUUUAAUGAUACUGCAAUGAGGCCCGAGUAA